GAACUCCGAAUCAUUUACGAACGAAGCACCGGCUUUGCUGCUUCUUCCUCGCAGUCUGAGGUGAAUUAAAGUCGUCGGUUGUUGCAGUUACAAUGUCGACUCUAAAGAAAGUUGUAUGGCCCCAAAUCAUUCUCUUCGGUGACUCAAUAACACAGUUUGCCUUUCAAGCGAACGGAUGGGGAUGUGAAAUCUCUCAUAAACUCGAGAGAAAAUGCGACGUGGUAAACAGGGGCUUGUCUGGAUACAACACAAGGUGGGCUAAGAUUGUGCUUCCUCGCAUUGUGCCCAUUUCUGAUGCUCCUAUUGCGGCUGUGACUGUUUUCUUUGGCGCUAAUGAUUGUGCUUUGGAAGACAAGAACCCCGCGCAGCACGUGCACCUCCAGGAGUUCUCAGAGAAUUUGAAGGACAUUGUCAGAUAUCUGGUGUCUAUAGGAGUGUCCAAUGACAAGAUCAUCUUCAUCACACCACCACCACUUCAAGAAGCCGCCUGGGAGAAAGAGUGCUUGCUAAAAGGUUCAGCUUUGAAUCGGUUAAACUCUGUGGCUGGUCAGUAUGCGCAGGCCUGCGUUCAGGCUGCAGGACAGUCUGGUGUGGAUGUUCUGGAUCUCUGGACACUCAUGCAAAAAGAUGGACAGGAUUUCUCAGUGUAUCUUUCAGAUGGACUGCAUCUUUCUGAUAAAGGAAACCAGUUUGUGGCAAAGCAUUUAUGGACACUUCUUGAGAGGCGAGUGGCUAACUUGCCCUUCAUUCUGCCUUACUGGGGGGAUGUGGACCCAAAAUGCCCUGAGAGCAGCCUACUGUGUGAUUAAACCUCAGGUCACAUGAUGCACAGCGGAUGAAACACCAUUCAGUUCCUGUGGUUUAAAUUAGAACAUUUUUGGAUACACUAAUCAUACAUGGUGGAAGGACCAGCCGCCAGCCCUAUUUGCAAACAAGGAGUAUUUUGAGUUACUCAAGCAAGUUAAAUGACAAAUGUCACAGAUUAUGUUUGAUGUUCUGGCAAAAAAUAUUCAGAUUUCUGUAUUAAAGUUUUGGUGAGGUCAAUUGAUUUACUGCCGUUUAAACACACACACACAAAGCUUUUAGUAGGGACAAUAACCACUUUCAUUUUAUACCUCCUUGCAAAAUUCCAAUGUAUUUUUUUCAGCCUAGGUCCAUAAAAUAAUUAGAAACACUUCAGUGUAGAGGCAGUUUAUUUAUGUGGGUUCAUAUCCCUAGAAUAUGUUGAAUAAAUGUAACAACCAAGCAUCAGAAACACAUUUAAGGAUAGUAGAUUGACAUUUCUAGUGAGAGGUUUUAAUUAUUUCUGAUUUUAUAUACAGGAAUAUAAGAAACAAUACAAAAUAUAUAUGUAGUCUAUUGACUUAUGGCACAUGAAAACGUUGUUAAAACUCAACUUUAAUAGUCAUAGUCUGAUAUUUCACAGUGGGGGCAUAAUAGUCUAUACUAUACUUCUAUUGAUUUUGGUCACGUCUAUACAUCCGUUUUAGUGGCAAAAAGAUGAAAU